AUGGUUAAAAGAGAUUAUAUAUCAGUCAAGAAGACUCCCAAAAGUUUUAGACACAUGAUAGAUUUCCAGACCAAUACUAACUUUAAAAAAAAGUCAUCGCAACUUAUAAAAAGUUAUAAUUAUAGAAUUGAACUUAUUAAAGAUACCGCUAACGAUGUCUAUGAUGAUGAACACUCGGAAAUGCGUACCAAGUUAGGUUCAAUGAUAGUCUUGGAAGAUUAA